CCCGGGGCCGCGCUGACCUCCGCGCCCUCCUUCCCGCCGCCGAGGAGAAACCCCCUCAACAAAGGAGGGGGAGCAGCGAAAGGCGGGCGACGCGCACACGCCCGGCCGCUCCGUCCGGAUGCGGUGAGCCCCCCGCUUCGCCUCCGGGGCCGCGUCAGCGCGGGAGGGAAGAAGAGGAGAAGCGGCGGCUCUCCGGCGGCGCGGCGCGGCCAGCUGCCACCAUGGGCUGCUGCACGGGGCGCUGCACGCUGAUCUUCCUCUGCUCGCUGCAGCUGCUGGCAGCAUUAGAGAGACAGAUCUUUGACUUCCUUGGUUUCCAAUGGGCUCCUAUCCUUGGCAAUUUCCUACAAAUAAUAGUUGUCAUUUUGGGUUUGUUUGGAACCAUCCAGUUUAGGCCUCGAUAUAUAGUCGUGUACACGGUGUGGACUGCCCUGUGGGUCACCUGGAAUGUUUUCAUUAUCUGCUUCUAUUUGGAAGUAGGCGGACUUUCGAAGGAAACCGAUCUCAUGACCUUUAACAUCUCAAUGCACCGCUCUUGGUGGCGGGAACACGGGCCUGGCUGCAUACGAAGGGUGGUGCGUCCUUCUGCCCCUGGCAUCCUAGAGGAUUACUCCUACGUCUCUGUGACAGGCUGCAUAAUUGAUUUCCAGUACCUAGAGGUCAUUCACAGCGCUAUCCAAAUACUCCUCUCCCUUAUUGGAUUUGUGUAUGCCUGUUAUGUGAUCAGUAUUUUCAUGGAGGAGGAGGACAGCUUUGAUUUCAUAGGCGGACUUGACACAUACUCCUACCGACAGCCCCCCCAGGAACAUGUUGAGUUAAAGCCUGUAAAGCCUGUAGGUCGAAGUAAGUAAUGAACAUGGACUCAAGACUUCUGCUGCUGUAGCUGAAGAAACAGACUUUAGAAGACCAACCUUGUGACUCAUCGUUCUGGAAGAAACCCACCAUCCGUUUCUCACGGCAUGUGGAUUCUUCUUCCCACAGGCGCAGUGUCAUUAUCAGCGUUGUUAUUUCGUAGAUCCUUGUAGAUGAUCUUAAAUUUUUGAAUAAUUUACUUAUAUGGACACUUGUAAAUUGUAAAUUUUUUCUUUUUUAAUUUCAAUAUUUUUACAACAUUUAGUCUUAAGGCAUGAAAACAAAACAACCUGUGAAAACUAGGAGAAGGGUGCGUCUUUCUCAAACAAGUCAGUAUUUUUUGACUGAUAGAAUCAUACUGUGCCUGGUCAAGAUUGUGUCAGUAAACAGUAAUUUUGACUCCAAAAUAUGCAGCAGGAGUCAAACGCUAACAGUGUACAAGAGAUCAUUUCAAUGCUGUAUUUAGAAUUCACAAUGUCCACUCCUUGCAUUGUUUGAACAGAUGUUCCAGCACUAAUGUACUCAUCUAAUUAUCACAAUUCAUAUAUGGCUCCUUCUCCUUUCCUAGUCUCUUUUGCCCUGAGCCCACCGCUAGUAGCCCUCUCUGAUUUGAAGAGAAGUAGGAUGACUGAUCUAUGGAUGUUGGUCUUGUGGAACCCUUACAUCCAGGGCUCUUUAGAUGUCUAUGAUUUGCACAUUUUUAAACUCUUUUCCUCCCUUCUCCCAGGAAGAAGCCAAGCAUGAAUGUACCGUACAAGGCACCAACUGAAGCCUUAGAAGCCUUUGGGGACUAAUUUUGCUCUUAAUUUAAAAGUAGACAAGCAAACCUGAAAAUGUGUGUAAAAAUUUGUAAAGUUAUUUGUAAAUAAUUCUAGACAAAGAACAUGUAUGUAACUCUGUGGUAUUUUGUUUUCUAUUCUGUCACCACUAGCAUAAAGUGAUACACAAAGCUAUUUUCUCUGGGGAACUGGCAGUCUUUUUAACAGAACACUGUUUCUUUCUUCUUAAUUACUAUAUAUAGUGCUGUGCACAGUUGUAUGCCCCAGGGAGUUACAUCUCUCCACAGAGCCUACAUGCUUCAGCAUUCAGCAGAAAUUUCAUCAGGGUUUUGGGGCUGUUUCUGGUUUUGCGCUUUCUCAUUUUAUGGUUUCUUUGGUGGGACUGUCAGGAAGGACGUUCCUUUUGCUAUGUGUAUCUCUACCUCUCUACCAGAAGCUGAACAGAGGUCCACUAAGUUCCUUCAUAAAUAUCCUAAACAGUCUUCACCUGGUAAUUCCUGGUCCAACAACAUUUAGAUCCUAAAUUUGCAGUCUUCUCUUGAAUCAUCUAUUUUCAAGUCUGAGCAGAUGAGAGCUAGAAAAAGGCUUGUCUUGAUUCUUUCCCUUCUAAAGUCUAUUUGUGUUAUUUAACGAUACAAACCUAAUGGGGAUGCUAAUAAAUACAAAGGAGGUAGAGUCUCAUCAUUUUUAGGUGAUGAGGCUCUUGUGGUGCAUCCACCUGUUUCCCAGCUAGUUAAAUCAAAGACCUCACCAUCUUUGGAGAAAACACAGCCUGAACAUAGGUUAACCUUCCCUGAAACUGAGUAUGAAGUAAGUGUUAAGACAAAGCCAACAGAAAUGACAACUGAAUACAAAGCCAACAGAAAUGAUGACUUGAACACCUGGCAGUGUUCAAGGCCAGGCUGGAUGGGGCUUUGAGCAAGCUGGUCUAGUGGAAGAUGUCCCUGCCCAUGGCAGGGGGGUUGGAACUAGAUGGUCCUUAAAGUCCCUUCCAACCCAAACCAUUCUAUGAUUCUAUGAAAACCCUUUUUUAGUAUUCCUAGAACUGAAUAUACCUCAAAUGGUAUGUCUUCGUGUGUGAAGUCAGACUGUGCCAAAAAGAGGGAUGCUUUGUAUGAAGUUAAUGCCAUCUGUCCUCGUGUAUUUGUGUAUUCCCUCAUACACUCUUUUCCCCUAUAUUCUAGAAUACUGCGAAGUACCAGGUUUGUCCCAUCUUGAAAACCUCAUCUUAGCACUAAAAAACUGGUAGUUUGUCACAAAACUAAUAUGAAUAAUAGCAUUUUUGAGGCAUUAUGAAGAAGAUACAAUGUGAAUUGCUUUAUAGCUGUAAUAUUUUAAUAAGGCGAACAUAUUUUUAUCUACUUCUGUAAUAUUUUACUUCUGCUUAGCACAACAGAUUACUCCGUUUCUUUACAUGAUGCCUUAAACAGCAAUGAUAUCUACCUAGCCAGUGCUUGCAGCCUUCUGUGUUUGUGAUGGCUCCAGAACUUCAGAGACAGGGAUAUCUGAGCACUGUUCAGUGUCUGACAGUUUCCAGAAGCUGCCUUGCUUCAACUUUCUCAAGUACAAUGAGAACCCAGGACGUGGUCAUCUAGCAUAAUGAUUCCUAUGAUCAACACAGUUCCCAUUUGGGCUUUACAUUUCAGCAUUAAUUUCCCUGCAUUAAUUGUUAUGGGCUGGCAGAUUAAAGGCCUCCAACUGAACCCAGCGCUACCCUCAGGACCAGGCAGGAGGAAAGGGAGGGAGCGAUACAUCCCCACUGGUUGCACAGAUUCACACUCUGUUCUGGCAGAGCUUUGGAAGCAUGUAUUUAAUUUUCUACCAAGACAGACAUGCCUGCUGGACCGUGGUUUUCAAAUUUGUCUGAAUGUGUCUAAACCCUGUCUUUCUGUGGGUCCUUCAGGUUUUCAGCUUGCUAAUGAAGAACUGUGUACACACCACAAAAAUUCUGCCAAGAACGAACCUGACUUCUCUUCCAUCUGAAAUAUCGAUCACUUUUUAGCUGAGGAACACAAACCAGUAUAUCUCAAACAUGCUUAAAAUCUCAGAAUCGUUACCAAUACAGCGAGUCUGCCAUCUGUCUCACUUAAUGAACAGAACAACCCUGAUUGAGAGGAAUUUGUCUUCAUUAGAACAAGCCAAAAUGCACACUGCAAUGCCAAGGGAAACUGUCAUUCUUUUCUAAAUUGAGACACAAAAAAUAGUACCAAUCAAUCUGUACAUGUUGGGGUAAAAAAUCUUGAGAAUAAUAAAUGGAUUUGAAUGUUAA